UCUAUGGCGUGGCAGUGCUGAACAAACUGUCUUUCGAUAAAGUUUUCGCGAUGGAGUCGGUAGAAAAACAAAUGGUGCCUUUGGUUGAUAUUCCUACGAAGAAUGAUGAAUAUUUCGUGGAGAAGCCCACAGAAAAGACUUCCAGACCCAGACGAAAACUUGUACUCGUCCUUGUUGUAAUUUCCGCGGUGAUUAUUGUCAUCCUUGCAGUAACCCUGAUCGCCAUAUAUGUUCCAAAACACCUACGCGAUGCCGAAAACGAACCUGUACAAGGUUCCAUAUACAAGGGACCGUUAACUGGAGAACUGGAAGUGACUGCUUCCCCGAAAACUCGCUUAAGCUCGACAGUUGCACAUUCACCCUCAUCAGUUGUGACCAAACCCACACCAACGGCCACAUCAGCUGACUUUAAACCGGAAGAAACAUCUGCACAACCUAACCAAGAGUCAACAAGGAGUAGCAUCUUACCAACCAGUAGUAUAGUGCCAUGGACAGCUAUUGCAGAUCUUGUCCCCAACACAGAAUCUAAGUGGUCUCGUUGGAGUUCUUGGAGUGACUGCACGAAGACAUGUGGUACUGGUUCAAGAUAUAGAAAAAGAAAGUGUGUGGCCAUUAAUGAAAGAGCAGUCUUUGCUCCGAUUACAUGUGCUGGAAAACCUGAUCAGAUCAAACCAUGCGCAGAAUGGAGCUGUCCAGAUUGUUCGCAGAAUUGUACCACUGGAACACUGAAUGCCGCGUGUGAUGCAUGUACAUGUGAUCAUCACGUGCUAACUGGACGAGUUGUGACAGUAGAUGACACACCAUUAUCGGAAGCAAAAAUAUCAUUGACAGGAACACCCUACAACAUUCUUGCAAAGACGAACAUAAGUGGACACUUCACAGCACUUGGUGUGUGUGCGGAUGACCAAGAGUUGCUUGUGACUAAAGAUGGUUUUGUUCCUGUGACACAAAAAGCUGUUGUUCUGACUCAAGAAAAGGCCACCAUUAUCGCAAAGAUGGAAAUUGCAGUUCCGCCAUUUGUGACGAUCCAUCCCGAAAGCAAAAUUCGGCUGUUUGGUCAGAAUGUUACAUUUUGUUGUAAUGGCCAAGGAAACCCUUCACCGGAGAUUGAAUGGUUUAAGGAGAAUAACAUAAUCGAUAAGGAACUGUACAGUUUUGACAACACUCUUAAAAUCACUGCUGAGCAUGGGUUUAAUGGAAGUUACCGCUGUCGAGUAGUAAACGACUUUGGGUCCGAAUUCUCUGACGGAGUAGUCUUGAAAAUAGUUGAUGCGCACGAGGCGUUCUGUGAGCCAAUUCCCAGAACAAAGCAUUUGAAACUUCCACCAAAUUGUGUACAGCAGGGCACGACAAAAAAUGUGGUUGACGUUGGUGACUGUCCAUCUGUACCCUGCCUUCAGAACGAUUCAGACAACUCAAACGCUUGCAAAGACAAAACAUUUUGCUGUGGAGUCUCAAUGGUUGAAGAAUUGAACAUAGCUUGCGGAAGUGUCGCCGAAUUUAAGCUCUCCAAGGCAAAAUAUUGUGGCUGUGGAGUUUGUAAAAAGGCUGUUCUAACGAUCAGAGGCGUUGUCGUGGGCGGAAAAGAGGAAAAGCCAGUUCAAUUUGCCCAAAUUGAGUACGAUGGAGAAAGAAAAACGAACGCAGACUUUAGAAGUGGUAGCUUUUCUUUUGAAGUUAGAGAUGGAAGAAAACGAUUAGCUGUUACUUUCAAAGACACCUUUUUAAAAGAAUUUGAGGAUCUUACAAAAGUCUUUCAUCUUCAAGAGGGCCAGAGUGUGAUUACAAAGGUUGUCCUAGUCACAAAGCAACGGCCAGUAGUUUUCGAUACAUCUCAGGAUCUCAGUGUUCCUUUGGGCGGAGAGACAGAUGAUUCUGCUUUUGCAGAUCUUGAGGUCCCUGGAGGUUCUCUUUUGAAAGAAGACGGAACCAGUUACUUUGGCAAAGCUAAUAUGCGACUGAACCUGGUCGAUCCUAGAAACGCAUCUGACAUCUUGUCAGCUCCUGGCGACUUUUCAGCCGUUGAUGAAGACGGAGAGGAACAGAUUCUCUCGAGUUUUGGCAUGAUGAGGGUGAACUUUGAAGAUACUAGCGGAAAUGAGUUAACUCCUUCGAAACCUAUGAAAGUGUUUUUGGAUCCUCAACAGCUUAACAUUAGUGUAGAUGAUAAUGGUAACACGACUGUCAAACUUUGGUGGCUGAAUGAAAAGACUGGGCGAUGGGUUCUGGCCGGAAAUAUAUGGAGUGACGAAAAGGGCAGUACCCGAAGGAAAAGAAGCUCUUCCCGAAGGUUCCUAGUCACUGAGAUCACCCAGGCUAUAAGCAAAAGUCAGUUAAAUUUUGACGCACCCGGUGGACUCUGUUUUGUGGGUGUGUCAGCACCUCCUGGAUCAACUGCAAGGGUAAUGUGUGGAUCUUCUUCUAAUGAUAAUCAAUUAGACGGUUAUCGAGAGGGAACAUCGAACUCCGAUGGCAUCGCUUGUGUUCCAACUUGGCGAGAAAGAUUGUGUUACCUGCAGGCAGAAAGUGAUAAUUCAAGAUUUCUAACGCCAGACGGAGGAAACAUCGCUUCUUUUUCAUAUGGAACAAAUGCUAGAGUCGUUUCAAGCGACCUCGAAAUACCAAAAAAAGUUGAGUCGUUCAAAUUUUAUACCAGUGUUACAGGCAGUGGACCAGUUUAUCCUUUUUCUAAAUCCAACGCAAGGUGCUACAGGCGAAGUAGAGCCAAUAAAUAUUUUCGUUUCCAACCCCCCCAAGGCGCCAACGCAACAUUUAUCUUGUCCUCGCCACGCAUAGAUGACAGCAAUAACCCACUCAACUGGUAUCCGCCUAGCCCCAGCGACAUAAACAAACAGGAUGUUUGCUUUAUCAAGGUCCUUGCGCAUAGUGCAAAGGCGACGUUUCUCGCUUCCAGUUUCCGUGGAAACCGGCAGGGUGCGACAGAUUCCAAAGUCGGCGAUUAUGCUACAAUGGCAGUUGAUUCGAAUAGAAAAAAUGAAUUUGUCGCCUGCCUUCAGAUCCGUUGUCCGGGGAUCGUCGAAAGAGCCGAGGAACGAACGGACGUGCAUAUUAUUCCCAUCACGGGACAUUGCCAUUUUCAAUCUGUGCAAAUCCCGCAAGAGUUUACGGAAAAGAAUCUCGAUGUACCGUGUGUCCUUCCGCCCUCCGGCCCCAGUAACCAUGAAAAGUGGAUAUGUGUUCCAAAUAGUUUGACCAGUGGCUUUGACAUCGACUUUGUGUACCGAGCGGAUAAAAGUCAGGAGAAUUUGGCAAAGCAUAGAUGCCUCGUUGGAAGAAAAAACAAAGAGCAAAUCACUGACACCUGUCCUUCGACUUCUGGUUCAAGUUUGGAUUAUAGAUGUGAGUGAAGACUCUUCCUUCUCAUUGGUGCCAUCAGCUGUCGAAACGAGAGAUGAUCGUGCAUGUUGAUCCUAGAAUUUAUAUUAUAGGGAACUAUGAAAAAUAGCACAUAAACGAAAUAAAUUUUAACCAACGGCAAUUUUUUCGCAAUAUUUGUGCUAAUACAGGUUUUUACUUCACUUUUUCAGUGCUUUUUUUGUUUCAUCGAUUGAUUAUUCCCUACGUCUGAGUAAAGGUAAACUAUCCAAUGUGGAGAAUAGUCCUAAUGUCCAAAUCUGGGACUUUGACGAAUUGUAAAGCCUCUAAGCUAUAUUUGCUGUUCAGCGAGUUUUGGUUGACCACCUGUAGUGUUUAAAUAUCAGAAGUUUCUGAAGGUUGUGUAUGGGCUGUGCGGGGAUGGCACGGGGUUACAAUCCUUCUUCCAGGCGUAAAUGCUCUUUGGAUGUCAAUGUCAAAUUUAUUUUUUUUUCUGUGGGGCAUCAAUUCAAAUAGCACUACACGCAUUGAGAUUUUUCAGUCUUGCUGACUUCAGAGUUAAUUAAAAGUCUCAUGUUGCUCCAUAUUAGAGCUCUCAGCUUUACCACCGACUUAAGAUACAGAUAUGAGUAAUAUACUCCGCUCAUUACAAAUAACCAUUAGAUGGCCAUUAUUUGAGCUCAUAAGGUUACUUUGGAUGUUGGCAGUCUUCUGUGAGCAUUUUCAUUAUUUGAAGAAAGAAACGAUACAAUUCAUGAGCAUUAUACCACACUCGUAUUACUUGGUGUGUAUUCGGUAUUUAGGUAAACAUUGUCCUUUACAGCAAUUCAAUCUGAAUGUCGAAAAUAA